CAAUUGUAUAUAUAUUUUUUGCCAUCUUUAUCACUUUUAAUAAUAGUAAAUGAAAUAUCGGUAUUCAUUUUCUGUGACCUUUAUAGUCUAUCAUUGAAAAUAGUGUUGGUGAGAAGUUUAGUCUUUAGGGAUAUGGUGUUAUUGGAGGAAUCCCAAGGCCUGAAGCAAUCUUUGUGUGAAGCAAAGCAAAUGUAAGAAGAAUAUAUCAUCUAAAUUUGUUUAAGAACACAUCACUUUAUAUUUAAUUAGUCUCAUAUAAUAGCAAAAUUUCGGAUCUAAAAUACAUGCUACGCGAGCCUAAUAUUUCAUAUGCGAUUGAGAUAUCUUUUACCUUGUAGACUGUACUUGUAAUUUUUUUCAAAGAAGUUACAUUUACUUUACUAUCUUACUAUAAAUUACUAACUUUUGCUGUAUAAAUAUGACCACUGAACGUCUGUGAAGUUCACGACCAAACCAGUCUUACUCUCUCUUAACUAAUAAUAUUGAGAUGGCAGACAAUUUGAAUUUGGUGAGUGUUCUGGGAGUCUUAUUGGUAUUAACCAUCUUCCAUAAUCCGAUCAUCGUCUACGCCGGCGAGGGUGUUCCCAACGUAGCUUUGUUCACUUUCGGAGACUCUUACUACGACGCCGGAAACAAAGUGUUUCUCAGCCAAAGGAAAGAUCUUCCACAAACCUAUUGGCCCUACGGAAAAUCCCGCGACUACCCCAACGGCAAGUUUUCCGACGGCCACAUCGUCCCCGACUUCAUCGCUGAUUUCAUCUCUAUUCCGAAUGGAGUACUCCCACCGGUGCUUAAACCGGGCGUUGAUAUUUCACGUGGAGUCAGCUUUGCCGUCGCCGAUGCUUCUAUUCUCGGAGCGCCGGUUGAAUCUAUGACACUAAAUCAACAGGUGGUUAAAUUCAAAAAUAUGAAAUCGAAUUGGAACGACAGCUACAUCGAGAAAUCACUGUUUAUGAUAUACAUUGGUACGGAAGAUUAUUUGAAUUUCACCAAGGCCAACCCCAAUGCAGACGCUUCUGCUCAGCAAGCUUUUGUCACUAACGUUAUUAACCGAUUAAAGAACGACAUCAAAUUGUUGUACUCUUUGGGAGCGAGUAAAUUCGUGGUUCAAUUGCUAGCACCAUUGGGAUGCUUACCGAUCGUGAGACAAGAAUACAAAACCGGCAACGAGUGUUACGAGCUGCUCAAUGAUUUGGCCAAACAACAUAACGGAAAAAUCGGUCCAAUGUUAAACGAAUUUGCUAAAAUUAGUACUAGCCCCUAUGGUUUUCAGUUCACCGUCUUCGAUUUCUACAACGCCGUUCUUCGUAGGAUUGCGACAGGAAGAAGUCUUAACUACAGAUUCUUCGUAACGAAUACUUCGUGUUGCGGUGUUGGGACACACAAUGCAUAUGGUUGCGGAAAGGGAAACGUGCACUCGAAGCUAUGUGAGUACCAAAGAUCUUACUUCUUCUUCGAUGGACGUCACAACACAGAGAAGGCUCAGGAGGAAAUGGCUCAUCUUCUAUAUGGAGCCGACCCUGACGUGGUCCAGCCAAUGACGGUCCGUGAGCUAAUCGUCUACCCAACUGGAGAAACUAUGCGUGAGUAUUGGGAACCCAACAACUUGGCUAUCCGUCGUCGGCCGUCUCGUGACUUUUACUUGGGCCUCGCCGCCUAUUAUUAGUUGGAUGGCUUUGAGCUGAAUAUUUCGAUAUAUAUGAGAGCUAUUGUCUUAUAAUGUAUAAUCGAUAUCGUAACGUGGAAUUAUGCCUAUAUGACGUCAAAUUAUGCCUUUGACGUUGUCGAAUAAACUGCUUUUGAAUAUCUGUUGUAUCCUCUAAUUUUGGUAAUCUAUGCAAAAUAGAAUAAAUUUAUAAUUGUCGUUGUUUGUACAACUUGAUCAUUGGCUCAUUGCUACGUGGACUAAUAAUUGUUUUUAAUGAAAAUAAAUAAAUAAAACAAAAUUCCA